AAAAAAAAAAAAUCCAAAGCUCCUACCUAUUCUGAACCACAAGCCCUGAGACACCAGUUCAGUUCAGUAAAGAACUGUGCGAAGCCUUCUCUCUUCCAUUUCCAUGGCCAAAACUUGAGAAAAAAACAAAACAAAAAAAGUUUCAAAAUCAAUGGCCUCAAUUUCCACAUGCUUCAUAAUAUCACCAAAUUGUGGCCUCUACUCUAAUUCUAGACCCUCAAAUUCCACUAGACCUCCAAUCCAAUUUCAAACGCCACCAGUUUCUCUCGGAAUCGCCUGGAAAGGUAGGGAGCCUAGGGUUUUGGUACGUGCCGGAGCUGUGAAAGCGAGCAGCGUCGAUGUCGCUUCGACGAUAAGGCCCGGAGGUGCGGUGGAGAGCGACAAGCUACCGUCCGAUGUGAGAAAGCGAGCUAUGGACGCCGUCGAUGCUUGCGGAGGUAGAGUUACCAUUGGUGACGUGGCGAGCAAAGCUGGCCUCAAGUUGAAUGAAGCUCAGAAGGCCUUGCAAGCGCUUGCUUCUGACACCAAUGGCUUCUUGGAGGUAUCGGACGAGGGUGACGUGCUCUAUGUUUUCCCGAAAGAUUAUCGCACAAAGCUUGCGGCCAAGUCAUUUAGAAUCAAAGUUGAGCCUUUGUUUGAGAAGGCCAAGGCCACGACUGAGUAUUUAGUAAGGGUUUCCUUUGGUACUGCACUGAUUGCUUCAAUUGUUCUUGUUUAUACCACAAUUAUUGCACUUCUUUCUAGCAGUAGAAGUGAAGACGAUAGUCGUGGAAGACGUGGAGGCCGAUCUUAUGACUCGGGAUUUACUUUUUACCUCAGUCCAGCAGACCUGUUCUGGUACUGGGAUCCUUAUUACUAUAGGAGGCGAAGAAUACAAACAGAUGAUAACAAGAUGAACUUCAUUGAAUCUAUAUUCUCAUUCGUGUUUGGGGAUGGUGAUCCAAAUCAAGGAAUUGAAGAAGAGAGAUGGAAGUUGAUUGGGCAAUACAUAUCCUCCAAUGGCGGUGUUGUCACAGCUGAAGAACUUGCUCCAUAUCUUGACGUAGAAAGUACAGGGGCAACUACGAAUGAUGACUCAUACAUCUUACCUGUUCUUUUACGGUUUGAUGGUCAGCCUGAAAUAGAUGAAGAGGGGAAUAUUCUGUAUCGUUUUCCAUCUCUACAGCGUACAGCUUCUUCUCAAAGGAGUGGACGAAAGGAAUAUGUGGGAAGAAGAUGGACUGAUUGGAUUGGAGGGAUUGAGAAGUUUUUCAAUGAGAGGAAAUGGCAAUUCAGCAAAACUAGCACUUCAGAAAGAGCAAUGGUAAUUGGUCUAGGUGGACUUAACCUUUUUGGUAUUAUUAUUCUUGGAACCAUGUUGAAGGAUAUUUCAGUUAAACCUAGCGGGUUGAUUAAAUUCGUCACUGACAUAUUUCCUCUCCUUCAGAUUUAUGCUGGUUCUUUCUUUGCAAUUCCUUUGGUCCGGUGGUUCCUCGUCCGCAAUAGGAAUGCUCAAAUAGAAAAGAGAAAUCAAGCCAGGCAACUGCGUGCUCGAGCACUUGAAUCACCUGAUGUCUCCUUAAGGCGGAAGCUCCUUAGUGCUCGGGACAUGGCCCAGAGAACAGUCAUAGGGCAGGAUCGAAUUGUCUACAGCACUGACAGGGACUUAAUUGAGCAAGAUUAUGAGGCCCGGGAAUGGGAUACGAGAUUUCGAGAGAUAGAGAAGUCAGAUUGAACCAAGGCCACCGUAACUCGGUACUUGAGCUCGCAGCAUUCUUCAUUGAGAACUUUAGAGUAUCAUCUUAGUGUGAACCUCCAAGUUGAGUCCUACUGGUAGUAAUUGCAGUAUGGGAAGGAUGGAUUCUGCAGUAUCCUGAGGUAACAAGGAAUGCUGCUUGGAUAGCAAUGAUGCUUUGUGAUAUAAUUUCAGUUGGAUUUAAUAUAUCCUCCCAUUGCCAUAUACAAAUGAAGAUGGGUCAUUACUGUGAAAUUACCAAACGCCAAUGACAGUAUUUAAUAGUAUCAUUUGCUUCAUAUUUGAAACUUAGGAUUUCCUAAUACAUUUGAUUGUGAAAUGUAAUUAUUUUUUGUUGAGUUACUCGUUCCAUAGUGUUGGGACGAAAACCCGGUUAGGGGGUGCUGGGACCGAUUAAUACUCUCAUUUGUACCUAUUACUUCUUUGUAGUGAAUUGAAAUGAAUGCUGACUUACACACCAAAAAAAAAAAAAAAAA